GCAGAAGAAGAAGAAGAAAGAGUUCUAAAUUCCACACGCACAGGGAAGUAAGUUACUCGACUUGUCAAAUCUACACAGACUUCGAAAACCUACCAAAAUAAUACCAGAAUAGAACGUUACUGAAGAAAAUACCUUGUUAGAGACUGAAUAAUUGCUCAUCUGCCAUGGCCUCUGAAAAAUGUUUUGCGAAAGGAAGCUCUGCUCCUGGCCUGGUUGCCAAAGGUCAAAUCAGGCUCUACAGUAUGAGGUUCUGCCCCUUUGCCCACAGAACCAGACUAGUGCUUCAUGCCAAGGGGAUCAAGCAUGACACUGUCAACAUUAAUUUGAAAGACAAACCUGAGUGGUUCCUUAAGAAGAACCCUCUUGGCCUGGUUCCGACAUUGGAGACUUCGAGUGGUCAGGUGAUCUACGAGUCACCAAUCACCUGUGACUACCUGGAUGAGGUUUACACAGACAAAAAGCUGCUCCCAGCUGAUCCUUUUCAGAAGGCCCAACAGAAAAUGAUGCUGGAGAAUUUCUCCAAGAUAACACCAUAUUUCUACAAGAUACCAUUGGGGAAAAACAAUGGAGAAGACAUGUCAGUGCUGGAAGGGGAGCUGAAAGAGAAAUUUGUGAAAUUGAAUGAAGAUCUUGUCAAUAAGAAGUCCAAGUUCUUUGGUGGAAACGCAAUCACAAUGAUCGAUUACAUGAUGUGGCCGUGGUUUGAGAGGCUGGAGAUCUUUGAGUUGAAGCACUGUCUGGAUGGUACCCCUGAGCUGAAGAAGUGGACAGAGCAUAUGUCCGUGGAUCAAACUGUCAAAGCCACCAUGUUCCCCACUGAGACCUACAAGGCAUUUUACAAGACCUACACAGACGGGAAACCCAAUUAUGACUAUGGCCUGUAGAUAUGUGGCACUUUACUCUUGGCCGUCCAGUUUCCUGAUAAAAAAAAAAAAAUUAUGACUCAUUUUAUAUUCCUGCUAAGGUAAUUAGGGCAUCAGAUGUACAUGUCAAUACAGUUGUGCAUCUCAUAGAAAACUUUUCUGAAAGGUUAUUUCUGUCUACAAAGUKAAAUAUAUUCUCUGUUUAUUUUUCGUAUGGAACAUGUAUUGUCUGAUUACCAGUGUUUUGAAUGGACACAAUUCAAUGUAGAAUGAUUAUGUAGUUUGGAACAAGUGGUAGAUCAUAACAAUUGUUGAUGGAACUAUUUSAAUCAUGUCUUAUGGUUGAUUUCGAUUAUGCAUUGUCCACACACAGCGUUUUUUACAUGUAAACUAUAUGAAUAUCUUUAUGUAAUAAAGACUGCACAACUAGA